AUGGCGUCGAGCGCUGUCGACGAGGACGAAGACGGUCUCUCCGAUGCAUUUACAAACUCACACUUGGAGCUCAUUGCGCAUAUCGGGCGUGUGUCCGUGUGUGAUAGCUGCCAGACCUUGAUUUCAGCGCUACAAAGAGUGACUGCACAGGCUUCGAACAUGGCGGCCGGUAGUCACGCUGUAGACGAGGUGACGCUGACGCGCGUCAAUGAAGCCGUGUGGCUUGUGGUGAAGGUAAUCUCUUCUUUAUCGCAGACAAAUCCGACGGAGAAGCGGCAUCGGUCCCCCGCUGCUUCCAGUCCGACCAAACGGCCGCGUCCACGCCCCGCCGUGUACACGGCGUAUGCGGAUGCCUUGCACGCCUUUGGCCGCUGCUAUGUCGAGCCCGAAGAUGCAGCAGCUCCGCUGUUUGCGGACGCGUUUAGUGGCGGCACCAGUUUUGUGUCGUUUGCCUUGCAGUUUUGCGUGGCAGCGCUGUGCGAGCUGCCGUUCGAGCAGGAAACGAUGCUGUCUGUCUGCGCGCUUCUUGACUGCAUGGCGGACAAGAGCGAGAAUGUUCGCGCAUUUCUCGCCGCCCAAGGCGCUUUUCACACCGUAGUCCAGCUUGGCACUGAUCCUGGGCAUCACCAUUUUGUCGGCCACAUCCGCGGACGACUGCUAGGGUUUGCGAUCAGCUGCUCGAUGGGCGCCUCCUCCGCUGAGCCAGCCGCCGGGGACCGCCUCUCUCCCCCUGAGGCCGUUUGCAAGGGCGUUCUGCACAAUCUGCUCUCGGUGGCCGCGCAGCCACAAGGGAACGCGGUGAAUCAGUUGCUCGACUGCUUGAACACGGUGGCCGGGCUGUUUGAAUCCGUUAAACGGCAGGAUGUCGUGCGCGCUGUCUUUGCACCCAUCAUGACGAUUGCGGAGACGCUGCUCAGGAACAGCUUUGCUCGCUUUAACGAGCGAGAGCUUGCUAUUGAGGUCGUGCAAUGUGUGCACAACAUGUUUGCGGCGUGCGUCCUGUCACUGGAGAACCAGUUUAUUUUGGACCUCCUUCGCCUCGUGAUUAUGACCGAGUCGAGCAUUUGUGAAUCACUGAGGAGUACGAGCUCGUGGCAGAGGUCGGCCGAUGCGGAGAGCGACCGUGUCAGCUUUUUGACGUGGAGCGCCAAACUCGUCACGACGGUGUCGCUGUGGAAGCGGCUGGAUUGCUUUUUGGCCGAUGAGGAGGUGACCACGCUCGCCAACGCCACCGUAGCCACGUUGGCCACCUUGUUGAACUGUCUUGACCAACGCGUUCUGUGCUUCCCCGAACUGGAGGAAACGCUGUUUCUCAGCCUGGAGGUGUGUACGGAAGCGUUCCCUGAGCUGGUUGUCUUAUCGCCAGCGUUUUCCAACACGUUUUUCUUGGCCACCUUCUAUGCACUCACCUCGGAUCGGACGUCGACACAGCACGCCGGCGUGGCGGUCGCCAGUCACGCCGCUGACUGCCUCGGGAAUCCGCAGAACGGCGGCGGCGGCGGUGGUGUGGACGAGCUGUUGCGCGUCCUUCUCCGAUCCCUCGUUGCGGGCAAAACACAGCAACGUAACAUCACGCUGGUGGCGAAAACGAUCCUCAAGCUAUCGGGCUACGUCGGCUCGCCAGCCGACCUUCAGACCAUUGUUGCCGGUGUCGCAACCGAGGUGCCUCCGCCAGCCAAGCAGUUUCUCGAAGCAACCCUUUUCGACGUCACCCGUGGUGUUCAAGCAUUAUCCAGCUCUUCGGCUGCGCAAGGCGUGUCAGCUACUGCAGUCCACCAAAUUACGGAAGAGUUUGAGUCCCGCUUACAGGAUCAUCUUUCGCUGAUGAAGGGAACCAGUCUUAUCUAG